GCAUGCGCGGGGCCGCACCCUCCACCCCCGCGGCCUCCACGUUCUUUCCACUGCCUCUCGCCAUGUUCGUGGAGCUGAACGAGCUCCUGGACGCCAGUCCGGAGCGACCGGACACGGGUAAAUUCACGCUGCUGCGAGACACCAGAACAGAUGGCAGCUUCUUGGUGCACCAUUUCCUCUCCUUCUACCUCAAAGCUGGCUGCAAGGUUUGCUUCGUGGCUCUGCUCCAGUCCUUCAGUCACUACAACGUCGUAGCGCAAAAGCUGGGAGUCAAUCUGACCGCUGCCAAGGAACGGGGACAGCUCGUCUUCUUGGAAGGUCUCAAGUCCUGCCUUGACCUCGUGUUUGGAGAGAAGGAGGAGCAGUCGGGACAGCCCAGUCCUCUUCAGUUUAUGAGUGAGAGCUCUUCCAACCUCAAAGCCAUGUUUGACUUCAUCCGGACGUCCCUCACUCCCGCUGACAGCGACUCCUGGAAAGGUCCCGUGUUGUUGGUGGACGAUCUCAGCGUCCUGCUCAGCCUGGGCGCCACGCCGGUGGCCGUGAUGGACUUCAUCCACUACUGCAGAGUCGUGGUGUGCUCCCAGCUGCAGGGAAACGUCGUGGUGUUGGUUCACAGCAAUGAAGAUUCAGAAGAUGAAGAAAACGACCUGGUAGUGACCUCCUUGUGUCAUCACAGUGACCUGAUCCUCUGGGCAGAAGGACUGACGACCGGCUUCUGCAAGGAUGUUCACGGGCAGAUUAAAAUAAUUAAGAGACUGUCCUUGCAGCUGACGGCGGAGGAAGAUCGCGUCCAGAUCUACCAAUAUAAGAUCCAGGACAGGAAUGUCACCUUUUUUGCCCCAGGACUGUCACCUGCGGUCCUGUGAUGCUGUGAUACCACCAAGAGCUUUGCAAAGCAAAGCUGAAGAGGAUGAUACCUCCAGACUGGACGUGCCGAGUGCAUCCCCGGUGCCUUCCAGGAGCCGCGCAACAAAAUGAUCCCGGAGGGAAGCUUAAACACUUGCGGAACUGCGGGGCAGCGAAGGGAUUGGUGAGCCCAGAGCUUGCUGCGUCCCUUAGAAUCAUACAAUGGGUUGGGUUGGAAGGGACCUUAAAGCCCAUCCAGUUCCAACCCCCCGUGCCGUGGGCAGGGACACCUCCCGCUGGGUCAGUAAUUAAUUAAUGGUUUCUAUUUGUUCUUCAUUUAAUCCUUAACAAUUGCUAAUACACAAAUUUGCCUUUUCUGCCUGCGUCGAGCUGACAUUUUCAGAGAAUU